UCUGUCUGUGAACACGGGAGGAUUCGUGCACGUUGCAAAGAUUGCGGAGGAUCAAGCAUAUGUACGCAUGGUAAACGACGCUCAAGGUGUAGAGAAUGUGGAGGUUCCAGUCUUUGCGAACACAAUAGAAGGCGCUCUCAAUGCAAGAUCUGUGGAGGGUCCAGCAUUUGCAAACACUCAAAGCGACGCUCGCUAUGCAAGGAAUGUGGGGGCACGAGCAUAUGCCAGCAUAACAGACAGCGAGCUUCUUGUAAAGACUGUGGCGGAUCAAGUAUCUGCAAGCACAACAAAAGACGUUCGCUGUGUAAGGAGUGCGGUGGCUCAAGCUUGUGUAAUCAUGGAAGGGAGCGUGCAAGGUGCAAGGAGUGUGGAGGUUCCAGCAUCUGUCCACAUCGUCGGAUUCGUUCAAGAUGCAAGGAGUGCGGAGGCAACAGCAUCUGCCAGCAUGGGAAGGAACGAAACCGUUGCAAAGAUUGUGGAGGCUCCAGUAUCUGUCAGCAUGGGAAGGUGCGCACAGCAUGCAAGGAGUGUGGUUCUUCGACAGCA